CGUGCGCUUUGGGCAGGAGGUGACGUUGGGAAGAUGGCGCCGCCAGGGAGAGGGUGCCGGUGGUGAGGAAAAGGCGCCUUUAAAUCCCAUUCAGUUUCCCACUCGGAAGGUCGGGGAUUCUGGCUGCUUUGCCGCGUGGAGCUCCGAUUUGGGGUCAUGUCCGAAGACACAGCGAACGGAGUGCGGAACUCUGCUUCCCACAAUGUGAAAGAGAAUUCUCGAAUUAUCCGAGUUGGAACAAGAAAAAGCCAACUUGCUCAGACUCAGACUGGCAGUGUGGUGAAUAUGCUGAAAGAACAGUACCCGCAUGCACAACUUGAAGUUGUUGCCAUGACUACCACCGGAGACAAAAUUCUGGACACUGCCCUGUCAAAGAUUGGUGAGAAGAGUUUGUUCACAAAGGAGCUGGAAACUGCAUUAGAGAAAAAUGAAGUUGAUUUGGUAGUUCACUCCUUGAAAGAUCUGCCAACAACACUCCCUCCUGGAUUUACAGUUGGAGCCAUCUGCAAGCGCGAAAUUCCUUAUGAUGCUGUUGUUGUGCAUCCAAACAAUGUGGGAAAGACCCUGGACAUGCUGGCAGAGAAGAGUGUGAUCGGUACAAGUUCCUUGCGACGAGCAGCACAGCUGAAAAGGCGAUUUCCUCACCUGGAAUUCAAAGAUAUUCGAGGCAACUUGAACACAAGGUUAAAGAAACUUGAUGAAAAAGAUGACUUCAGUGCCAUUGUACUGGCAGCAGCUGGUCUGCGAAGAAUGGGCUGGGAGAAUCGGAUCAGUCAGAUUCUGGAGCCUGAAGAUUGUAUGUAUGCUGUGAGUCAGGGGGCCCUUGGUGUUGAAGUCCGGGUGAAUGAUCCAGACAUCCUGGAAAUGGUUUCUGCUCUGAACGACACUGAAACAGUUCUCCGCUGCAUUGCUGAACGUUCCUUCAUGAAGCAACUGGAGGGAGGUUGCAGUGUGCCCAUUGCUGUUCACAGUGUCAUCAAUGAAAACCAGCUCUACCUCACAGGGGCUGUUUACAGUCUUGAUGGAUCUGACAGCUUAAAAGAUACAAUGCAAACAAGUAUCUCUACUCAAACACAGGAUGAAGAUUGUAGCGUCGCUGAUGUUCAACAUGUUGGGAUCACGGCAAAGAGAAUACCACACAACUCCCAGGCAGCGGCUGAAAAAUUAGGAAUGGACUUGGCCAAUCUAUUGCUUAGCAAAGGUGCCAAGGAUAUCCUAACUGUUGCUAGACAGCUGAAUGAUUCAAGAUAAUGCAAUGUAUUUAUCCUAAUGUGCAUAUUAUGUGAUUAUUUAGGCAUUCUUAAAGUUAUAAAUGUACAGUAACCAAAGGUAACAGACAGUAUCCCUUCCCUGUGCCUUAAGCAUAUCAUUUGCUUCCACAAAUGUCUACAGUGUAUUAUAGUCUUCCCUUCUGAACUGCCCCCUAAACACACUGGGUUGUUUCAUCAAUUAUCUUUCACCUGUGGCCAGUACUCUUGUCACUUUGGAGACCACAUCAGCCAUGUUAUAUGAUUUGGUACAUUAUAUGCAUCUUCCUGUCCUUUCCACUGCUGUUGAUAGGGUGAUUAUUUUUUUUUAACCAAAAUCACACUAAUAAUAUAAUACAGUCUAUAAAAAAAGUAUAUUUGAAAUGCUUAUUUUGAAUUAUCUGUUAAUUGAAAUUUGAAAAGCUUUUUUUAAUGCAGGUUGUGCAGUUUUAUUUAGUUUACACUAUUAGACAUAGACAUAGAAAAUAGGUGCAGGAGUAGGCCAUUCGGCCCUUCGAGCCUGCACCGCCAUUCAAUAUGAUCAUGGCUGAUCAUCCAACUCAGUAUCCUGUACCUGCCUUCUCUCCAUACCCCCUGAUCCCUUUAGCCACAAGGGCCACAUAUGACUCCCUCUUAAAUAUGGCAAAUGAACCGGCCUCAACUACCUUCUGUAGCAGAGAAUUCUACAGAUUCACCACUCUCUGUGUAAAAAAUAAUUUUCUCAUCUCGGUCCUAAAAGACUUCCCUCUUAUCCUUAAACUGUGACCCCUUGUUCUGGACUUCCCCAAGAUCGGGAACAAUCUUCCUGCGUCUAGCCUGUCCAACCCGUUAAACUAUUGGACAAAUUGAGGUUUUAGCUAAAAGUUCCCUUUGAGUGAAUGAGAAUAGACAAUGAAAUUUUAUUUUGGACCAGAUUCCCCUCGCUGGCAUGCUGUGUUUUAAGGUUUGGUCCACCUUUUGCUCAGUUGUGGCCUACUGGAAGGAUUAACACCACUGCAGUACCAUCAUUGAGAAUCUUUGCCUCCUGAUGAGAGUGAGUAGUGGGAUUUUUUAAUUCAUCUGGUCAUCAUUGAUAAGGCACAAUUUAUUUCCAUUUGCAAAGCAGUAUGGGCCAAUUGCAGCCGGUAGCACAUCCUGCUCAUUACUGGUGUUGAAAAGCCUUGCAGAAUGUGGAUUGUUAAAGUGGAGGUACUCCACAAGAAAAGCAAUGCCCAUAUUGCCUUCAUCUGUGCAUGGUUCAGCGUUCCCUGUAACAUGUGAUAGUUGAUUUCCCCCCACAUGUAUAUAUGGAGUGCCUUUGAAAUAGAUUGUGUUAUUGGGGAGGUUUGUGAACAGUCAUGACUCUCCCACCUUGCGUUGAGUAGGAGAAUGCAGAGUUUGAGGGAGAGUGGAUUCACUCCCAGAGUGGCCCUUCUGACCCUGUAUCAGAUGGAUUGAGAAAUCAUGGAACUAAAUUUGACUUCAGUACAUGAAAAGAAAAAAAACUGCAGAUGUUGGAAAUCUGAAAUACAAAAUAACACUGGAAACACUCACAGAUUAGGCAACAUCAGUGGAAACAGAAACAAAAAUUAAUGAUUCAUAACCUUUCAAAGAUCCUUUGUUAGAAACCUUCAAUCUGAAAUGUUUCCUUAGAUGUUACCUGACCUGCUUUUCCAGUAAUUUCUAUCACUAAAUUAGACCAGCAUGAUUUUCUUUUCAAGGCUUUCUUUUUAUUUUUUAAUUAGCUUAAUGUUUUUGUACUCAAAACUUUUGCUGUCAAAUUUUCCUGUGGACUAAUCAUUGUACUUUGACGCUAUAACUGAGUUUGAUUGUUUUUGUCUUUCAAUGUAAUACAUGCAAAUAGUCUUCCCUCAAGAGUUUACAGGACAGGAAUGCUUGGGGAGCCUUUCCAGCUCUAUGAGCCAUCACCACGCCAGCUGAGAUGAACAAACUCAACAUGGGCAGGGGUAGACUGUAUGUUUUGUGGAACCCAGGAGUUUGGAGCAUUCUGAUGUCAAUGUCAGCUAUGGCUCCUUGAGUUGCACACUUGCCAGUUCAUCAGAUGAUCAUGGUUGGUUUCAUCCAGAGACAAAACUCAGGCUCACUGCCUCACUUUCAUAUUGAAAUGUGUUGCUCUGACAAAAUUGUUGGGGUUUUAUUUCUGUUGAGACCUUUUCUUCCUUUGCAGUUGGAACAGAGAUUCCGAACAAUGUUGUGAUGGAGUAUCUGUUACCUGACGAUUAUUUAUCCCAAGUUAAUGUUACACAAGUUAUAGAAUCAUUAUCACAUUGCUAUUUGUCGGAGGUUGCUCAAUGCAAACUGCUGGUUUUCUAUGCUACAACCGUAACUGUAGAAGUACUUAGUCGACUCGAGUGUUUAAGAUGUCCUGUAGUUUUAAAAGGUGCUAAAUAAUGGAUUUCUUUAUAAUUUGUGACUACUCUGUGCAGCAGAAAUGUACAUGAGACUGUAAACUAAUUUUAUCAUAUGUUUUAUUGGCCAUUUACAAAGGAUACUGUCUGAAAAUGUAUGACACAAUUGAUUCCUUUAUACCAGAGCUUCUAAUCCUAAGGCUUAGGGCUGUAUUAUAACAAUUGUAUGCUUAUAAAGUAAGAUGUUGUAAUGCUUUUCAAAAGUAGGCCAGAAAUCGGAGGUUGCUGCAAGUUACCAUAGACUGCACCUACUCAAGGCUGCGGCAAUAAUUGCAUCAUUUGCUCUCUUAGAGUAAACAAUUUGCAGACCAAAAAAAAUGGAAAACUAAACCAAAACCUGUUGAAAUUCUGAGUAAUGAAAGGGGAAUUAAUCACAGUGGGCACAGGCCUUGGCAAUUUUCAAGUAGGGAACAGAAGCAAGAAUGUCAUGGAGUGUUUGUUUUGCUUCUCUGCAAUAAUCACCAUGUGUGGCUCUACUGCUGUAGUUUUCUACUAUGGUGGAUAGAGUCCUUUACCUUAAAACAUAAACCCUGAGGUGCCUUCUAAACUCAGACUAGCAGGAAUAUUGAAUAAUACCUGCAACACCUAUAAUUUAAUCGUAAACCCCUUUUAUUUCUCUUUUGUCUUAUUAGCAAUUAUUAAAUUGUCAAAUUCCACUACCCUGCAAUUGGAUGUUUUAAUAUUUUGUGCAAAAGUGAGCCGUGGAUUUGCCAACCCCAACCCAAUGAUUGAAGUGGACAUUGUAUAUUUAAUCAGCACAACGUAAAGAUAAAUGAUAUUGUGAAUGAAAAAGAAUGCUUAGAUGGGGAAAUUCAAUUAAGGAUUGACUGGGUAAUAAGGGAUCCCACAAAUGUGGACACUGUUAUGCCCCUGUCCCACUUAGGAAACCUGAACGGAAACCUCUGGAGACUUUGGGCCCCACCCAAGGGUUCCGUGCGGUUCCCGGAGGUUGCAGGUAGUGGAAGCAGGUAGGUGACAAAAAACCUCCGGGAACUGCACGGAAACCUUGGGUGGGGCGCAAAGUCUCCAGAGGCUUCCGUUCAGGUUUCCUAAGUGAGACAGGGGCAUUAGUACCUCGACAACCAGAGGGACAGGAUUCUGACUCGUUGUGACAAUACACUGGGCAUAUGCGCUGUCAAGUGCAAUUUGGAAGAUUCACUGAGUUAUGAGAGGGCGAGGAAUCAAGUGAUUGUGCUAACAUUAAUGGGGGAAAUUGCAAGUUAAUCCUGUCAGUUUCCAAUGAGUAGAUUAAUAGAGAACGUAAUAACAGUGGUGUUAAACCAGCAUUCCAUCUUAUCCUGGUGGAUUCCCGAUGAUGCAUGUUUUCAGCAUUUUUUAAAUUAAAUUGUGCCUUCAUAUUUUUGCCUUUCAGUGAAUGUGCUAUUGAGUCAAACUAGCAUUGGGUUAUGAGCUACAGGAUCAACCCGGUACAGCAGUUGGAUAAUUUCCAGCCAGCACAGAUAUAUUUUUCAUGUUCCUUACAGUGGGAUCUCUCUCUCGUUCUUGCACAGAAACACCUAUGCUCUUAAAGAAUUCCUCUGAGACCUGUAAUUCUAUGGCUCUCUGCACAAAACUGAUGUCAGUGGUGAGUUAUCUCAAAUGCAAAUUUGAAUGUUGAAAACAUUCUAUAAGCAGUCAGGAUAGUUUGACAUUCACACAAAUAUUCAAUUUUUUUUGCAAUCCACAAUUGCUUGUUGAACGAUGUAGGAUUUUGCCUUACUAAAAACGGGUCUCCCUUCUCAAAUAUGAUACAAAGUGCUCUGUCAGAGGCAUAAAUAUUGAUAAGUAGGACUGCACGCUCAGGACCUGAAUCCCCACAAAUUAUUCUCAAAACAUAUGAUAAACAUUAUAUUUUUUUAAAUGGAAAAAAAAAUCUUGCAAAAAGAUGGACACAUAAUUCUAUUGGUCUGGAACGGAUUUGAAGCAAUGUAAUGUUUACAGGGAUGAUUCUUUACUGUUAUGCCCUUGAUGCUGUAGAUUCUGAAAUGGGAUAGCUAUUAUGAAAUAUUAACAUAUGGUGCUUACCCCUUGCAGUAAUGACAAAAUAAAACAUAAGUAAAGAA